AUGAGUAUUCAAGCCACCAGUGUGACGACCAUGUACGCAUGUCGACCUGGUGACAGGAGUGGUAAGGGGGAAAUGCGUUGUGAUGAUAUAGCAACAACGUUGUCAGGUGUAAUUUCCAAGCUCGAUUUUCUUCUCAAGUCCACCUCGCCUAAUGGUAAUGCCGUUCAAGGCAAAGGCUAA